UCGUAUUGUGGCGACACUGAUGCACGAGUGAUGCAUCACGGAACCAGUCUAGCCGUCUCGGAACGACGGGAGCUUCUGGAACCUCUUGGAGCCUUUCGUGAAUUGUGAAUUGUUAAAACGAGCGCUAUGUGUGAAGCGUACACGUUUUAAUCGAUUGACUGAUUACAUCGUGAUAACAAGAUGAAACCAUUGAUGCUCCACGGGCACGAGCGUGCCACCACGAAAAUAAAAUAUAGUAGAGAAGGAGACUUGCUAUUCUCUGCAAGUAAGGACAAGCAGCCGAAUGUCUGGUAUGCCUUGAAUGGUGAAAGACUUGGUACUUUCAACGGCCAUAAUGGCUCUGUAUGGUGCAUCGACGUUAACUGGGAUACCUCACGUCUAUUGUCUGGCAGUGGUGACAAUACAUUGAGAGUUUGGGAUUGCCAAACCGGAAAAGAAAUAGGUCAAUUACAUACAAAUAGCUCCGUAAGAACCUGCGGAUUCAGUUAUUCCGCAAACCUCGCUGUGUUCUCCACUGAUAAAGCCUUAGGACAUCAAUGCGAGAUGUUUAUCAUGGACAUACGCAAUGUCGAUUCUACAUUGUCGCAAGAAGAUGCUAUCUCCAGAAUUUCGGUCAAUGGCCCAAGGAUCUCUGCCAUAUUGUGGGGUGCUCUGGACGAGACGAUCAUCACGGGCCACGAAGAUGGCGAAAUUAAACUUUGGGACGUGAGGACUGGAAAGAAGCUGACCAGCGUGAAGGGUCACAAGUCUCAGAUAAAUGACAUGCAGUUCAACAAAGAUGGCACCAUGUUCGUAACUGCAUCCAAGGAUCAUACAGCUAAACUUUUCGACAGCGAGACAUUGAUGUUGUUGAAGACGUACAAAACUGAGCGACCUGUAAAUUCAGCUACGAUUUCACCGAUUUUUGAUCACGUGGUACUUGGUGGAGGUCAAGAUGCAAUGGACGUCACCACAACCUCCGCACGACAAGGCAAAUUUGAUUCGCGAUUCUUCCACUUGGUGUUUGAAGAAGAAUUCGCACGUUUGAAAGGACAUUUUGGCCCCAUCAAUUCACUCGCCUUUCACCCGAAUGGUCGUAGUUAUUCCACUGGUGGAGAGGAUGGUUACAUUCGAAUUAAUAAUUUUGAUCAAUCUUACUUUGACUUCCACUUCGAAUAUUAAAUUUGCUGUAAUUGGUACACGCAUGGUAAAAUAUAUAUUUCAUUUUGUGAAAAUA